CGAACGGCCGGUCUCACCUGAGCUUCUAGACUCCUGGAUGCUCGCCAAACCGGCUGGACUAGGCGAGUGCCCGGGUCCCUGCCCGCCCCGCCGCCCAUUUCCGAGACUCGUCCUCCUCUGCCGGUGUGUGCCCGCUUGCUGGUGGGUGGGCUCUUCUCUCCGCAUCCCGUGGCACUUUGCAGACGCUCCCCAACGCUGGGAAUGGUGCCCCUCAGGCGCUCAGCUGCUGGUCUACAGGAAGCUCGCCUUACUAUGACUGACCGAAGUAGCCGUAGGCGUACAAUGAAGGAUGAAGAGACCUUUGAGAUUUCCAUCCCCUUCGAAGAGGCUCCCCACUUAGACCCACAGAUCUUCUACAGCCUGAGUCCGUCUCGGAGAAACUUUGAGGAGCCUGCAGAGGCUGCCUCUCCCACCCAGGCCCUCAUGAACGGUAUCAAGGCCCAGCUGCACAUGGCCCUGGAGAGGAAUUCCUGGCUGCAGAAGCGCAUCGAGGACCUGGAGGAGGAAAGGGACUUUUUGCGGUGUCAGCUGGACAAGUUCAUUUCCUCUGCCCGGAUGGAUUCAGAGGACCACUGCCGGAUGAAGCCUGGGCCACGGCGGGCUGAUGGGGAUGGCAGGGCUGGAGUUGGGGGAGAGGCCUCAGACCCCGAGUCGGCAGCCUCCUCACUCAGUGGAGCAUCUGAAGAAGGCAGUGCCAGCGAAAGGAAGAGGCAGAAGCAGAAGGGAGGUGCUGGCCGCCGGCGAUUUGGAAAACCCAAGGCCAGGGAGAGGCAGCGAGUGAAGGACGCCGACGGGGUCCUCUGCCGCUAUAAGAAGAUCCUGGGCACCUUCCAGAAGCUGAAGAGCAUGUCGCGGGCCUUUGAGCACCACCGCGUGGACCGCAACACCGUGGCGCUGACCACGCCCAUCGCCGAGCUGCUCAUCGUGGCCCCCGAGAAGCUGGCGGAGGUGGGCGAGUUCGACCCCUCCAAGGAGCGCCUGCUCGAGUACUCGCGCCGCUGCUUCCUGGCGCUGGACGACGAGACUCUCAAGAAGGUGCAGGCCCUCAAGAAGAGCAAGCUGCUGCUGCCUAUCACCUACCGCUUCAAGCGGUGAUGCCGCCGCCCCCGCACGCCUCCCCUGCCCCGCCGACCGACCGCUCGCCGGGCCGCGCUGCUGGGGCCUGCGCCGUGACCGGAGCACCGGGCCACGUUCCCCCCUCCGCGGAGACCGCCUGCUCGGCCUUCCUCAGCCGGGAGCUGUCCACCCGCAUCCCAUGUGAGACAGAGAGCAUCAUUCAGAGAAUUUAAAUUAAAGAGACGUGAAAAUUUGGAAUAAA